AUGGGUUGCUCAUUUUCAAAGCCCGCGGUAAAAGGCGAUUCUAGCAAGAAGCAGGUCAAGCGGUCUACGUCCUCGAAGAAACCGAAACCGCUCCCAGUUGCGAUACCUUCCGACACGUCUGGCUGCUUCAGCCUGCCAAUUCACCUUGCACCGAAAUUGCAAGCGAAGCCAGGGGAAAAGCCACGAAUACGAGCAGACAUAACUUCUCAGUGCUUGUGCUCAGGCGCAGAAGCCUUGAAGGUAGACGAAAACGAUGUUACCGAGGAGCAGGAGGCCAAUGAUAAGGCCAGUCACGAGGCUAAGGAGAAGACGAAUGAGAAGCCAUCGUCAGCCAGCGUGACGGCAGCUGUGGACGAUUUAGCCUUAGAAUCGGCAGCGGACCAGUCCACUGAAGCAGAUGCGUGCGACGCCACUGUCUCCGUGGCUAUACUAUCCACGGCGCAGGAAUGCGGACACAGUACAGCCAACGCAGCGGAAUCAGAAACUGGCAAAUUUGCUCCCUCUGCUGCUGAAUUGCGAGCUCCAUCGGCUCUGUGUCCCAAUCACGAUAAAGUGGAAAGUUCAGUACCGGUGGUGAAUUCUCACGACGUCAAUGGUGAAGCUGAGCCUAGAGAAGGCUCGCAAUGCCAAACGAGCGAGGCGGUCAUUGAGGGAAACGGAACGACGAGUUCAGAAUCACUUGGUGAGGCAAAUUUGGCCUCACGUGAGGCAGAUGCGGCGGCACCGGAAGCAGAUUCGGCUGGACGGGAGUCAGAUACAGCCGCACGUGAGCCGUUUAAGAAGCACAGAAAGUUGAGCGUUGAGCUGCCUCCUCUGGUGACGGACGAGGAUGUGAUGCCGGACGGAAAUGACGUUGCUGAGCUGAUUGACGUGCAGACGAUCAUGAUGGACCUGGAGGAUGAGGACGAGGAGGAGGAAGAGGACGGGGAAGAGGAGGAGGAAGAGGAGGAAAAGCACCAGCAGCUGCAGUCGCAGCAGCAGGCGCAGAAUCUGCAGCAGCACGAGGAGCAGGAGGAGCAGCAACAAGAACUGGAGGAGCAAACAGAUCAACUCGAAUACAGGACUGACGAGGCAUCGGAGGCUGAGCAGGGAAAUGCUCAACAGAGAAAACCUUCAGGUGCUGCUCAGUCUGGGGAUCAUCCUUCACUGACGGCGACUGACCCCUACGCUGGCGCUUCCGAAGUCGAAGCUACGAGCAGGUCCACAUCUGUAGACCGUGGUGCUUCUAGUGUGGCCGAGGGAGCGGUAACGAGUGUACAUUCCAGGAGAAUUGACGAUAAGGAGGUGGAGGACGUGUUGAGAAUGCUGGAGGAGGAGGCCGGAGUCAUAGCAGCGGAUGCGCCGGCUGGUGGUGAGCUUGACAAUGCAGACAGGGUUGUCGGAACUGAACGUACUGACAAACCUGACAGGGUUGUGGAAACUAACUCUCGUGAGACGGUUGAGGUUGAGACUGUGAGUACGGGCUUGGCUGUCCAACCAGAGCAUGUGGGACCAACGGAGAGCAAAGUGGGGGAGUUGGGGAGCAGUGGGCAGGCAGAGGAGGGGAGAGACAACAGCAAAGAGCCGGCAGGAGUGGGGGAAUGGGGAGGGCUUGACUCCAUGUUUGACCCGGAUGUGCUGGCAAGCUUCGAAGAGGACUUGAGGAGGGAGUGGGAGUACAGGGUCUCCCUGGCGGAGCUGGUGGAGCAGGAGGAGGAGGAGCUGGACAGAGAGGCGCGGCAGCAGCAGGCGGAUGCGAAAGAGGUGCAGAAUGAGCAGCCGGACCAGGAGCCACGGUCACGACAGUGUGACCGGGAAGAGCAGCAUGAGCUGGUGAAGGGAGGCUUGCAGGAUACGAAAAGGGAGGGGUUGAAUGAUGAGGUAGGGGAGCAAGAGCGUAUGCAGCAGAGGAAGGACAAACAGGAGCAGGAGCAGCAGCAGGAGGAGCGACAGCUGGGGUCAGCGAGAAGAAAUCCUGCAGUUGGGUUUCCAAAGAGGACUAUAUCAGGCAUGAGCGUGACUUCAGACGGAGGUAUCAUCAUCGAUGGGUUUGAGGACUUUCUUAUGGAGGCAGAUGAAGAAGAGGCGGCUUUCCUGCAACAGCAGCAGGGUGGUUUUAAACCGGACAACGAUCAAGCUCGAGCACAGGUCCAUCAAUCUCCCAGGGUGGGAAGCGAAACAGACGAUGGGUUGGGAUGGGUGGGUGAUACGCAGGAAGUGGGAUUUGAUGAGAAUUCUCUGUUUGAUCCGGAGCUCCUUGCCACCAUGGAGGCAGUUUUCCACGGGCAUGAUCCCGCUGACUGGCGCCGCGUCACCCCUUUGUCCAGCCCCAUGCUCCAAGGACCCAACUCUCCCGCACCCAAUUCCCCUGCGCCCAACUCGCCUGGAGCUUCCCUCUUUGCUCCUGGCUCGCCUGCCGCUGCAGUCGACGCCAUGGCUGCCGCUGUGGGGAGAAUGCGAAUUCCUGCUCGGGCAGGGCAGAGUCCUCGGCGGGGCAAGCCGCCGUUGCAGAGUCCGAGGGCUCGGCUGACCAGCCCUCGGCCCCAGGCUCCUAGCCCACGCAGGUCGUUCAGCAGCAUGAGUCCUCGCAGGGGGGUGAUGGGUGAAACCGCGCGCAGGGUAUCAACGGGUGAGAUUCCUCAUGGUGCUGUGGGGAGGGACGGGCAAAGGGCGGGGAGUGUUGGAGGUUCGGGCCGGGGCUGGUUGACUCCAGGGCUAGUGAAGUCCGGGAGUGGAGGUGUGGUGGGCUUGGUCAGUAUGGUGAGUGUUGAAGGGGGUAGAACAGAAGUAUUUGGGCGUGGUUUGCAAGGGGAGGGAGAAAACGACACAGGCGGUUCGGGCAGGGUGAUCGAUGGUGUGACUCAGACUGUAACCCUGGCUGGGAUGGAUGGUCCAGUAGACUCAGGUGUCGUUGAGAGAGUCGAUGCAAGCCAAGGCAGCGUUUCUAGGGGCCAUGAGCCGAGUGCUGGGUGCUCUGCUGAGGCUGGAUCCAGAGCUGAGGGACCAGGAGCUGAAGCAGCUGAUGUGGCAAUAACUGGCACAGGCGAUAGAGAUGUGGCUUCGUCUUCGGUGGAAAGGGGCCGCUUGACACAAUCUGGAGGCUCUGGGGUGGUGGCUGAAGCUGAUACUGUGUGUGCUGUUAUGAAGGCGCCUAACGGGAGUGGGAGGAUGUUGCUCGAGAGCUUUCCAGUGAAUUGCCCACUGGGAGGGGAUGGCAAGGUGGUUUUGUACAUGACAACGCUGAGGGCAGUGAGCCAAACUUUUGAAGAUUGUAUGCAAGUGCGACUCGUUCUCAGGGCUCUUGGAGUCAUGUUUGAGGAACGAGAUGUGUCCAUGCGGGUUCACUUCCGUCAGGAGUUGAAAACCCUUAUGGGAAGCGCAUCCUUGUCAGUACCGCAUCUCUUUGUCCGUGGCCGCUAUAUCGGAGGAGCUAAUGAUCUGUCUCGCGAGCCGAGAACCAUCGAAAUUAUGAACGUGGACCUUUCAUCAAACAGGAAAUUUCGUGCCGCUCGCAUAAGCUAUGAUGCUUCACAGGCAUGGACUAUUGUAGAAGGUCAGCUAACGGCCAUUCUUGAAGAACACUCCCCUGACGAUGACCCUGUGGCCUUAGAGGCUCAACAGUUUCAAGCUAUCGCCAGUAUGACGGAAGAAUGA